AGAUACAUCUUGCCUCUGCAGAGACUACCCGUUCGUUGCGGCGAGUGAUCGCCCUGCUUAUUCAUUCCGUCCAGGUAGCGCAGCAGUGGCCGCUGACGCGAUACGUAUCUGACGCGACGCCGCCGCUGCCGCUCUCCAGUCGUGCAGCUCUCGCACUCCUCCAGUCUCGGGUGAGCCGCAGUUUGAUUCAGUCCGAGGAAGCAGCGGCACUAGACCAUCUUGCAGCUGCGGUUUCAUCCCUGCAAUGUCAUUCUGGAUUAAAGAAAACCAUUUGCAACCCGAUCUACAAUAAGGGAUAAAAUUUACUACGCCUGUUGUUUUUGUUUUUAUACAAUUAUUUUUAUCUGGAUGAUGACGGCGAAUGAAUAAAGGCGCAUACCCCUACUGUUGCCUAGCUGCAGAUAAUUCUCCAUAAGAAUUGAGGUGCUCGUUUUCCGUGGAGGAAAAAAAAAAGAGGGCAGGAAAUCACUGAAUUGGACACGCGCAUCUCCACCAGCUUUCUUCUGUUUUCUGAUCGGCGAGGAACAUGGUGCUCGGCAGCACACAUCUGAGGAUCUCCUCUCCUUAAAGGGAGGCUGAAUGAAAAUCCCCCUCGCGAGGUCGGCUCCACCGUCUGCGGUAGAUCUGCACGCACAAGGGCGCCUGGCUCAUUGACUCCUGUUUCCCGCCCGUCCACCCGCCAGCCUACAGGAUUAUUAUGGCCACACUUUUGCGGAAAAUAGGUCUCAUUCGUCUUCACGACCGCGACACGGAGGAUCCUAAGCACCAUCAGGGCUCUUUCAAAGGCACCAAAAGCAACCAGAAAAACAGCAGCAAACACUGCAGCACGGGCAGCGACAGCAACAUCCUUGCCCCCGCCGACAUGAAAAGCAAGAAGACGGAGCAGCUGAAUAAGGACAAGCCAUCUGGCAAGGACAAGCAGCUGAGCAAAGACAGCAAGGAGAAGCAACAACAGCAGCAGCAGCAACAGCAGCAGCAACAACAGCAACAACAACAGCAGCAGCAACAGCAACAACAGCAGCAGCAAGUCGGGGGCAGUAAGUCUCCCGGAGCCUCAUUACAACCCCUCGUUCCGCAUAGGCAGCACUGCACCCAGGUCCGGACGAGAAGGCUCAUGAAGGAACUGCAGGAGAUCAAGCGCCUGGCAGACAACUUUAUUUCCGUGGAGCUGGCCGACGACAACCUUUUCGAGUGGAAUGUCAAGUUGCACCAGGUGGAUAAGGACUCUGCUCUGUGGCAGGACAUGAAGGAGACCAACACCGAGUAUAUUCUGCUCAACAUCACUUUCCCCGAUAAUUUCCCCUUCUCUCCGCCCUUUAUGCGGGUGCUUACCCCGCGGCUGGAGAACGGCUAUGUCCUGGAUGGAGGGGCGAUCUGCAUGGAGCUGCUGACCCCCCGUGGAUGGUCGAGCGCCUACACGGUGGAGGCUGUCAUGAGGCAGUUCGCGGCCAGUCUGGUUAAAGGACAGGGCCGGAUCUGCCGGAAAGCUGGGAAAUCCAAGAAAGCCUUCAGUCGCAAAGAAGCAGAGGCCACUUUUAAGAGCCUGGUGAAGACCCACGAGAAGUACGGAUGGGUGUCCCCACCAGUGUCCGAUGGCUGACGGGAGACCCUCACACGUUCCCCAAAGACUGUGAAACCUACCAUCACGUCCUCAAUGCUGCACAUCUCCCAUCCUUUCUACUUUUUAGUACUUUCAUGUAGGCGUGGCGGCCUUUAACUUCUCCAUGAGCAGAUGUGUUUACAGCUAAAUAUCAAUUUUAGUGGAUUGUGUUUCAAAACUGGAUAUGGCUCUUUUUUGGAAUUGAUAUCCCUGCUACUUUUUUUUUUUGUUUUCUUCUUCUUUUUUUUGGUUAUAAGACCGGUGGCACCAUUCCUUGCACCCGUUCCACUUCAUCUCGCGUGCUGCACUGUCCCGUGCGCCUCAAUGGCAGCGACGUACUGCACUGAAUCGCAUCACAGUUUCCAUUCACUGCUGCUCCUUUUCAUUUAAAUGCAAAUGAAUCUGUUAAUAUUUAAUAGACAGGCAGUGCAUUUGAGGAUCACUUUCUGCUGUGCUGUUUUCACAGGUCAAUGCAACUUGAAGAUUGUAAUUUAUGUGGAGCUACGCUCUCGCUCUCUCUGUUUUGCUCUUUAUCUUGUGGCUAAACUUAGACCUCACUGUAUUGUGUAAAUGGCCGUUGAUUUUUGAUGACCCAACAAAUCAUACAAAUUUGGAGAGGUGCUGUAAAGGUAAAAAAAAAAAAGAAAAGAAAAACAAGGCAUAUUAACUCUGGUUUAUUUAUUGAUAGCAUAAUGUGAUUCACUAAGACGCCUGAUGGUUCCAUUGCUUGUAGAUGCCCACCGUCAGGACUUGAAAGCAUUCAAAUGCAAGCGUUAGAAAUAAAAAUGGAAUGUGGGGUGUGGGGGGGAGGGGGGUUCAGCAAUUAAAGGAUGUAAAUCACACAUUGAUAUAUUGUGAAUUCAUAUGUGACAAAUGUGUAUUAUGUUACCUGUUUUACAUAACUGGGCACCAGUCGGUGGCGUCUUCUCCUUGACCUCUUUGUCUGUAAACCGGGCUCCUUCCCUGCUGUUCUUAUGGGUGGCAUUGUAGACUCAUACGGCUCUUUAUUUUGGAGUUUCUAACUUUUGUAGACUCGAAAGACCCCAGGAGUGUCCCAGUUUUGUAGAUUCACACUCCCAUUAUGGAGUUUCUCAGUUUUAUAGAUACACAAGGGUCCCUAUGAUGAAGUUUCUCAGUUAUGGAGACUCACAGCACCUCCUAUUGUAGAGGUCUUCAGGUUGAUAGCUUCAGUCAUCAGUGGGUGGCAUCUUCUCCUUGAGCUCUUUGUCUGUUCUUGUGGGUGGCAUCGUAGACUCAUAUGGCCCUUUAUUUUGGAGUUUCUAAGUUUUGCAGGCUCAAAAGACCCCGGGAGUGUCCCAGUUUUGUAGACUCCAACACCCCUCCUAUUACGGAAUUUCUCAGUUUAACACAAGGCUCCCUAUGGUGAGGUUUCUCAGUUAUGGAGACUCACAGCACCUCCUAUUAUAGAGUUCAUCAGUUUGGAAGCUUCAGCCAUCAGUGGGUGGCAUCUUCUCCUUGACCUCUUUGUCUCUAACUGGGGUCCUUCCCUGCUGUUACUGUGGGAUGACCCUAUUGCAGAGUUUCUCAGAUUUAUAGAUUCACAAAGUCCCCUAUUCUGGUGUUUCACAGUUUUACAGACUCAGUUAUCAGUGGGUGGCAACUUCUCUUUGAUCUCUUUGUCUAUAGCUGGGCUCCUUCACUGUCAUAAGACUUCUGGAGUUUCUUGGUUUUGUAGCCUCAAAGGGCCUUACCCAUUAUGCAGAGUUUCUCCAAAUGUGUAGAUAGAUUAGUCAAAGACACCCAGCAGUUUGGAGGGCAAAAUUGGUAAUGUAAGCCUGGCCCCUGAUAUUAACACACAAAAGUAUAUUUACAGUUUCUACUUUUGGACCCUGUUGAUUCAGGGCAGUGUUUUAUCAAAAACCAGAGGCUGUCCAGAGCCGUGACCCACCUUAACUGGUGGGCACACCCAUGCUGUCUCAGUUUAGUGUCUCCUACGUAAGUUAAUGUGAACAUCUUUGGGAUGUUUGAAGAAAAUCCACACAGACAUGGGGAGACCAUGUACACUCCAGUAAAGUAAAAUUCUGCACACUGUGCCAAUUUGCCACUCCGAAUUAAGCUUUUGUGGGGAAAAAAAUGGAAUGUCCAGAGAAAAAUACAGACACAGGGAGAACAUACAAACUCCACACUAACAGCAACCAGGCAUGACACUUGAACUGAGGAUGCUGGAUCUGUGAGGCAGCAGCAGUAACCACCAUGCCAUCCCAAACUAAGCUGGCACAUUAGGCAUCCGGCUAUUGCUACAUAGUACAAGUACUACUAAGGAAGCUAAGGUCUGAUGGUCAUUCCUGCCAGCUGUGCCCCUCUUUAACCAAAGUGAUUAGGUGCAUUCAAAACAAGAAAAGUAAUGUGGGUUGGCACAGAGCUUGGAUGCAAAGUACAAAUAACAUUGAGAAAACUUAAGUGAUACGGUUGCCCAAUAAGCCCACCAUGAUGACACUAACAAAUUCUAUUGAGUAUAAACAGGGUAGUAGUGUGAUUGGCUAAGGAUCCAUAUUGGAAAGUAAAGCUAAGGAAGGUUAGGUUGGGUGGAAGUGCUGCCAGCUGUGCCACUUUCAAUUAGAUUUUAAUCCAAGUGAUCCGGUGCCUGAGAAAUGAGAGCAGUACAGGACAUUCUCUAAGAUACUGUGGUAUUGUGCCCUUCUCUAAGAUUUGAUUUAACAGGAUCAAGAAGGACAUUCUGCAUUAGCUGUAUUUACAUUUGGCUAAAUUUAUGUCUGGGGCAAUGAUGCCCAUUGUGCCUCCAUCAUGUUGCCCUCCAGUUUUUACUCAAGGAAAUUAAGUGCAUUCAAAAUAGCAUUAAGUAUUGUGGAAUGGCUACAGACUAUUAAAUUAUUAAAUGCAAGUACAGGCAAGGACCCUUCAAACAGAGAGCACUGCUACCAGCUGUGCCACCAUGCCACUCUCAAUUACAUCUUAAUCAAAGUGACCAAGAUGGGUUUUCUACAUUGGCUAUAUUUACAUUUGGCUAAAUUUAAGUUGAGGACAGCAAUACCCCAUGUGCCACCCCCUCAGGUUUUACUCCAAGAAAUCAAGUGCAUUCAAACUAGGAAGGAGAUUAUGUAUAAGCUACAGACUAUGAUGCAAAUACCGCUAAGGGCACUUGAAUCAGGAAGCAGUGUUACCAGCUGUGCCAACAUGCCCCCCUCAAUUAGAUUUUAGUCAGAGUGAUCAAGUAAGAGUUAAAGUAAGAAAGUCAUAUAUUGAGCACUGGCUUAUGACUAUUGAUAUUAAAUGUAAAUAUUGCCAAGAAUCUUUAAAUGAGGGAGCCAUACUACCAGCUGUUCCACCAUGCCACCCUUAAUUAGAUUUUCAUCAGAGUGAUCCGGCGCCUCCAAAACAAAACCAGUAUGGUAUGGGAAUUCUCUACUGUACUGUGGUAUUAUGCCCUUUCUGUUAAAUCUUUAAAGUGUUUAAGAAGGAUCUUUUUCUUUAGCUAUAUUUACAUUUGGCUAAAUUUAAGUAACGGUCCAGCGAUACCCAGUGUGCCACCACCAUGUCAAACUCAGGUUUUACUCAAAGAAGUUAAGUGCAAUCAAACUAGGAAGAGUGCAUUGGCUACAGAUUAUGAUGCAAACACUGCCAAGGACCUUUGAAUCAGGGAGCAAUGCUACCAGCCGUGCCACCAUGUCACCAUCACUGAGAUUUUAAUCAUAGUGAUUAAGAUAGACGUACAGUAAUGCGCAUGCUGUGCAUUGGUGAUGAACUAUGAGUACAGAGUAAAAAGUAUGCCAGGUGGCCAACUGUGCCACCAUGCAACACUCGGUUAGAUUUUAAUCAAAGUGAUCCGGUCAGUUCAACAAAAGAAUGGUAUUGUGGAUUUACCUACAAAAUUUGAAUAUACGGAUUAAAAAUACAGCCAGUGAGGUUUAGGCCAGGUAUCUGUGGUACCCACUGUGCCAAUAUGUCCCCAAAUUAGAUUGGAAUCAAGUGUAUUUAAUGUGAAGAAGACAAUAGUUUCAGAUUAUUGGUCUAGAGAGCAAAAACAGCCAAAGAAAGCUUGGGUCAGGCAGCAGAGCUGCCCACCAUGCCACCCUUAGGUUGAUUUCUGAAAAGUGACCAGGUGUAUUCAACGUAAGAUUGGUACUGUGAAUUGGUUAUACAAUUUAGGGACACAGAGUACAAAAACAGCCAUGGAGGUUUAGGUCAGGCAGCAAAAUUAGCUGCCAUGCCACCCUUGAGUAGAUUUGUUCAAAGUGACCGGGAGCCUUCAACCUAAGAGUGGCGUUGUGGACUAACCACAAAAUAUGGGAGUACAAUAACGGCCAAGGAGGUUUACGUUAGAGCUACCCACAGUGCCACCAUGCCACCCUCAGUUAAAUCUUAAUCAGAGUAAUCAGGUGCACUUAACAUAAGAUUGGUAUUGUGGAUUGGCUACAGAGCACCUAUAACGUCACUCAGCAGUGUUACCAACUGUGCCACCAUGCCAGUUUGAACUGAAGUGCUUGAUUGAGUACAUUCAACUUCAGGAGGACACUGUCCAUUACCUACAGGGCCGUGGAUGUACAGAAUUGAAAUAAAGCCAAGGACGUCUAAGGAGCAUCAGCAUGUAACGUGUGCCCGCUUGUUAGGUAUUCUAUUUUCACACAUCACAUUCAACGAGAAACUGUCGGGCAUUUUCUAAUUUUCAUAAUGUGCUGUAGAGUAGUGAGCCAUACCAUCUGGAAGCAAAUAUCUCAAAGUGACUUUAGAACACUGGCUGUGUCCCACUGGGCACCUUUUAACGGUGCAUAGGUGUGCCAAGCAAGUCAUAAUGUCAGUCUGACUAGAAAUAAAACCCUAAGAAAAAAAGCUCGACGGGGCACAACAUCUGAUGAGGGCCACCAACAGCAUCUUACUUACCUCAGCGGUGUGUUCACUUCAGUUUUUAGAAUUUAACGAAGACGAUGAAGAUGAAUGCAAUUCCUCCUCCAGUUUUUGAGUGCUCUCCUCUCCCUCUCUGUGGAUCUUCAGUCUGGACCCUUUGAACCUUCCAGAAAGACAACGCCUGCCCUGUCCGUCAAGUACAGCAGCCAGCACCCUCUUGGGGCGAUUUACUGCCAUGAACAUUUUGCUAAAAACUGGGCCCAGAGGGUUUUCCUUCCAUCUUUUUGCGUUGAUUUUGACCCAAGGUGUCCGUGUUGUUGUAUUCCUUCAUGUUCUUACCAUGCAGGGUGGCCAGAUCCACAGCGCCAAUGCUAAUUGCUAAAGCAAUUGCUAAUGUUUAAAAAAAUAAAAAACAGGAGAUACACGCCAUACUUGGCAUUGCCCCGACCCCAUUCAGGAAUGAUAUUUCAGGAACCAAGCAUUUCCUCAUCUGUAACUGAUGCCAUGAUGUGAAUGUUUCAUUCAAAUAUUAAUAAAUUACAUUUUGCUUGGAGAGACUAUUAAAA